UCCUAAGCAGCUAGGACUACAGACAUGCAUCACCACACCUAGCAGUAUGGCAUUGCAAUUGUAUCAUUGCAUUUUUAUUUGUGAGCUGAAAUAAUCUAGAAAGAGAAACUGCCCUUAUCAUUUAUUCUUUAUUAGAUAAAAUUUAUAGAGAAAAGACAUCUAUAUGCUGGAUUCUCACACUUCGUUUCUAAAUUUUCAAGUUAAUGAAUCACUUCCUUGCACCUCCAGUAGAUGAUCAAUGACAGUUUUUUAAGUAUCAUAUGUGCUUGUAGAUGAGUUCUGCUUUGCAGAUUGUCUCAGUUUUGAUCAGUGGGAGCCUCUUCCUGUUGGCUUCUGAGUGUUUGUAACCUGAUCUUGCAGUCUGUGACAGAUUCCUUGCUUUCAGGAUGUUCCAAAGGUUAGAGUCUGUACUCUAAUAUUUCUCUAAGAAGCCCUGGCUGCAAUAGAGAAGAGUUGAGAGCCGCACUGUGUUCCCCUGGGGUGUUAGCUCUCAGGCCCCAUGGUUACCCUGAUGAUCUCCUGGUUCCACGGGCAGCCAUGAUGCUUGGUGCUGAUCCUUGGUCGUUGCGAUGAUUGUGCUACUCAGAACAGCUGCAUUGCGCAAGCUCCUCAUCACACCAUGGUGGAUGGUCCUCAGGAGACACACGGGCCAGAAGAGUGGAGCAUGGCGGGGUUCACACCUACACGCCAGCAAGUGUUCUCACACAGCACACCACACGCAUGCAUCACCUUUGCUGUGACCUCACCUUUCUGGGCAUCAGUGUCCUCAUCUAUAAAACAGCUCACAAUAUCCAUCCUACUUCACCUUCUUCUUUGGGCUCAUUUGUUUAAGGCAGGUGUUAAGGGUUGAAUUAUGUCUUCCUGAAAAGAGAUGUUGAGGUCCCAAUCUCCUCAAAAUGUCACCAUCUUUGGUGCAGGGUCUUUGCAGAUGUAAUUUGUUGGGAUGAGGUCAUGCUAGAGUAGGGUGUGUUCUUAUCCAGUAUGCUAGGGUCCUUAGAAGGUAGCCACGUGAUGACAGAGACAGUGGAAAGGCCGUGUGAGCACAUAAGCAGACACUGGAACGGUGUGCCUUAAGCCAAGCAAUACCAAGGAUGGCCACCUGCCACCAGCAGCUGGGAGAGAGGCAGAGGUGGAUUCUCCUUCACACUCCAGGAGGAACCAGCACUGCUGGCACCUUGAUUUUGGACAUGACCUCCAGAACCGUGACAGUGGGUUUCCAUUGUGCUAGGUCACGUAGUUUGUGGCACUUCGUUACAGCAGCUGCAGGUGAGCAUCUGCACUCGGGCCAGCCGGGGCCGAGCAUCGGGGCUGCUGACUCAUCCCCGCGGCUCCCACCCCCAUCCUGAUGCUGUGCAUACCCACCUUGAAAGUUGAGAUGUCUCUUUAAAAAGAAAUAAAGAACAGAAACAAGAGGGAAAAACUGUGGUGGCCAGAGGGAAGUCUGCUCUUCAUUCGCUUCCACACACAAACCUCUGCUGUGCUGACCUUUGCGUGGAAACUAUGAGCUUUAUGCAAUCAGCAUCUUCUUGAACAUCUGGCAGUUCCAGAAGCCACCCAUCGUGCUCCACAGACAUAGGCAGGACAUGCCGUCAUGCAAGGCCAGAAGCUGCACUCAGAAGGACAGCGGAGCCCACAUGGCAUCUGAAUCCUUCCAGAAGGAGAAUCAAAUCCAGCCGGGGGCCCAUCCUCUGUGGUGCUGCAGACCCUUGGUUCAGAAGGUUUCACAGAGGAAUCAGUAAGCCCAGAAGAGAAGACCCGUGUUCUGGAAUUUUCCUCCAGCAUCCAGCUAUGAUGACCCAUUACUCAACUGGGGAGUUUUAGGUCUAAUUUUUUUUAACCACAGGUGGUCCCCCAAGACACCAGAAUACCAACCAGCCUGUGGGCUUGGUUUACCCUGAAAGGCCUCUUGCCUUGCUGCAAAAUGGAGGCUGUUUCUUUUCUUACCUUUUAAUUCAAGUUUACAUAAAAGUACAGAGAGCAAUGAACCUGAUGUUCCCGUUGCCAGCUUCUGUCAUUAUCAGUGGCUGGCCGCCUGGUCCACUCUCACCCCACCCACUCCCCACGCCCCAUUAUUUAUUUAUGUUGUUUCUCUUUGUAGUAUGAGGCAUUAAACCUAGGACCUUCGCACUGAGGUAGAGUCCCAAGCCUUUUAAAAUUUUGAGACAGGGUCUCACUGGGUCACUAAAUUUCCCAAACUAAGCUUGAACUUUGACCCGUCUGUCUCAGCCUCCCAGGGUGCUGAGAUGACAGAAAUGCACCACUGCACCGGCUUCCUCAAUUAUUUUGAAACAGAUUCUAGCAUCUCGAGCACCAAGAAGAAACAAGAAUGUCUCCCUCAGACUUGCAGCACACUGAAUACAGAAUGCAUGCACAGGCGUCUCAGAGAUGACAGGCAUCCCCUGGCCACCUUCUUCCACCUGUUCUUCCGAGUGAGUGCCAUUGUCACCUAUGUGUGCUGUGAUUGGUUCAGCAAGAGCUUUGCUGGUUGCUUUGUCACUGUGCUGCUCCUUCUGUCCUUUGACUUCUGGUCUGUGAAGAAUGUAACCGGAAGACUCAUGGUGGGCCUCCGAUGGUGGAACCAGAUUGAUGAAGAUGGCAAAAGCCACUGGGUUUUUGAAGCCAGAAAGGUCUCUCCAAGUCACAUCGCCGCUACGGAAGCUGAGGCGCGCAUCUUCUGGCUCGGCCUCAUCAUCUGUCCCAUGAUCUGGAUAGUGUUCUUUUUCAGCACCCUGUUUUCCUUGAAGCUGAAGUGGCUGGCUCUUGUGAUUGCUGGGAUUUCACUCCAAGCUGCGAACCUCUAUGGCUACAUCCUUUGUAAGAUGGGAGGCGAGAGCAACAUCAGCAAGGUCACAGCCAAUUUUCUGUCCCAGACGGUGUUCCAGACGGUGAGUUGCUGAGGUCUCGCCUGGACUACGACCCUGCAGCCGUGCAGAGUGAAGGAGGCCGUUGGCACCGUAACUUGUGUAACCCUCCUGUCAGCCAGCCUGCCACAGUUCUUUUCACUGUGGUGAAAUUUACACCAAAUUGACAUUUAAAUCAUUAUCAAGUGUGCAGUUCUUGGCACUAAAUACAUCCACAAUGUCGUGCAGUCGCCACCCAUCUCCAGGACACCUACGCCUGUCCAAGCUGAAACUACAUCUAUUAAACACUAACUUCCCACCGCUCUGCCCCAGCCACACCACUGUCUGUCUCUAUGCAGCUGACUAUCCGAGGGAUGCCUUUAAGUGCAAUCAGACAGCGUUUGUCCUUUCGUGA